AUGGUCCCCUCACGUGGCCGCGUCAAGCCGCUCCUGCGACGACCUGCCGUGCAUGACAUCUGCGCACGAAUGGUGGCGAAGUUCGCACUCUUCCCUCUGCUGUGCGUCGUUCUUCAGUCACUCGUUCAAGCGUCUGCGGAGCAUCAACCGCCGCUGAACUCCUACAACAUCAUGACUCCGCCAUCACCGUCGUUCAAGUCACGACCAAUCCUUUCCUUGAAGGAAAUCGUCCCUUACGAUCAAGGCGCGUCUGACACGUGGGCCAACGAUGACUCGCCGGAUGAUCCGGAAUCUCCUCCCGCGUCGACGACACGAACGCCACCUCCGCCGCUAAGCUCCCCGGCAGUUGCGGAGUCGCGCGACUGCCAGUACGACUCGCUGGACAUCACCGCCUGCUCCAUGGGCUAUGCCGCGUCGGCGAGAAUCAACGGAGGAAGAUUCCGGCCGCGGUACGUGGUAACAACGAGCUUCGACUCCACGGACGUGUCGGCAGUCCCCGUAGGAUCGCUCCGGUGGGCGCUGCAGUAUCUGACGGACGGCGCGUACAUCGCGUUCGAUUCGUCCAUGGACGUGUGGCUGCAGGCCGACCUCUUCGUGCCGUCCUUCGUCACCAUUGACGCCCAGGGCGCUCAAGUGCGCAUCCUCAACGGCACCCUCGUGCUGUCGGGCGCGCGCGACGUGAUUAUUCACAACGUCGAAGUGGCGGGUCAGCCGCGCGGCAGUCUGAUAACGCUGUACGGGUGCAAGCGCGUGUGGAUAGACCACUGCAGCCUGCACGACGCGGCGGGGGCGAUCAUCGAAGCAUGGCACGGCACCACGGACGUUACCAUCUCCAACAACUACAUCCGCAACUCGCUGCCCGCCUCGCGCGUCAUCCAGGUCGCCACCUUUCACAAACGCCUUCUCACCCGCCUAUGUCGCGUGCUUUGUUAUCGGUACUUCUCGACUCCCUUGUCUCUCCCUGUCAUGUAUGCUCAAGCCGUCAUGACUGUUUCACCGCAGGGGCGACAUUACUUCAACUACUACUGA